AUGAGACCUCAAAAUGAGCCUCGGAUAAUCAGGACGAAUUCACGUAAUCGACCUCGGCAAAGUACAAGGAAUAAGGAUUUGAACAAUGAUUUAAAAAUUUUUUCAUGGAAUGUAAGGACUUUGUAUCAACCAGAUGUGACAGCUAUACAAGAAAUGAGAUGGACAGGAAAUGGUAUAUUAAAAAAACGUGAAUGUGAUAUCUACUACAGCUAUGACGAACGGAAGCACGAACUAGGAACCGGCUUUGUUCUGAUGAAUAGAGCAAGACACCUAGUCAUAGACUUUAAAGAAGAGAAUCCAAGAAUGUGUUGUCUCCGUUUAAAAGGAAAAUUCUUUAAUACUAGCAUCAUAAAUGUACAUGCACAAACAGAGGACAAAUCAGAUGAAGAAAAGGAAGAGUUUUAUGAAGAACUCGAAAAAAUAUAUGACAAUUGCCCUAAGAAUGACAUAAAAAUAAUAAUUGGUGACUGCAAUGCAAAAAUUGGACACAAAAAUACAUAUAAUAAUCAAAUUGGACAAUUCAGCAUGCAUGAACAAACUAAUGACAACGGUAAGCGGCUAAUAUUUUUCGCAGCUUCAAAAAAUAUGUUGAUAGCAAGUACAAUGUUUAAGCAUAAACGGAUACAUAUUGUUACAUGGAAGUCGCCAGAUAGUAAUACUUUCAACCAGAUUGAUCAUUAUCUUAUAGAUGCGAGACAUAAAUCAAGUGCAUUAGACGUCAGGGCAUUCAGAGGGGCAAAUAUAGACUCCGAUCACUAUAUGAUAAGAUUAAAACUAAGGGCACGAAUAUCUAAUGCAAAAAAAGCUACGUCAGUAAGACAAGAAAAAUUCAAUACAAAUAGAUUGAAGGAAGAAGAAUACGCAAAGAAUUACGAAAGAGACGUGAGCAAUAAUCUAGAAAGAUGGAACUUAUCAAACGAAACUAAUGUCGAAGAAGAAUGGAACGCAAUUAAAUCGUCAAUAAAAACAGCAGCAUCAAAUAUUUUAGGGAUAAAACCCAGAGAAAGAAAAAAUGAAUGGUUUGAUAACGAAUGUGAAGAAGCCACGAAUCAAAAAAAUUAA